AUGGGAAGUUCGACGCGUGAAGACGAGCCAUGGGCGUACGACUGUCGUGAAAACUUGCGAAAGCUACUGGUUGGAAAGGAAAUCACCUUUACACCAACACACUCGUUGCCCCCAUCCAACACGGAUCCAGACGUUCAACGCGACUUUGGCAAUGUCGACUUCAAUGGUGAUCUUGCAAAGGAUUUGCUCGCGAGUGGAUGGGCGCGUACCAAAGAGGGCUCGAAGCGAGAACCUACCGAAGAAGACUUGAGGAAGAAAGAGCUUGAAAAUGAGGCGAAGCAAGCCGGUCGAGGGAUUUGGCGUCCAGAGGGGCCUCCGCAACGUACCGUACACAACACAAUGCCCGCAGACUCUCAGGCUUUCCUCAAACAGUGGAAGGACCAGAUGAUCGAUGGCAUUGUCGAGCAAGUGAGAGAUGGAUCAACUCUCAGGGUGCGACUCCUGCUAGCAGACGACUUGCAUCAGAUUGUCACCAUCUCCCUUGCGGGUAUUCGCUGCCCGCGCACCGGAGGCAAGGACGGCGAGCCAGGCGAACCUUAUGGUGACGAGGCCAAAUUCUUCACCGAAAGUCGCCUGCUACAACGACUCGUGCGUGUCAAGCUCCUAUCCGUGCCAACACCAGCAGCGCUCCCCUUUUCGUCGACGAGUGGACCACCGCCACCUGCGAGCAUGUUUAUCGGCAUUGUGAUGCACCCCAAUGGCAACAUUGGUGAGCAUCUGGUCGCAAGCGGGCUCGCUCGAGUCGUCGACUGGCAUGCGGGCAUGCUUGCAGCAGGCGGAUUCAUGGAACGUCUCCGUGCCGCCGAGAGUACCGCCAAAGAGAAGAAACAAUUUCUCUAUGCACAGCAAGAAGGUGGCAAUGCCAAGGGCAAGGCCCCUGGCGCUGCAUCCUCGCGGUCAAGCGACCAGAGAAACAUUGACGGUCAAGUGAUCAGGGUAUGGAGUGCGGACCAGAUUAGCAUCCUCGACAAGGCGGGCAAGGAGCGGAGAGUGCAGUUGAGCUCUACACGGGCUCCAAAGACCACAGAUCCGAAACAGGCCUUUUACGCCGCCGAGGGAAGAGAGUUCUUACGCAAGAAGCUCAUUGGUAAGACAGUGCACGCCCAUGUGGACUUUGUCCGGCCUCAGGAGGGGGCGUUUGAGGAGAGGGAAUGUGCCACCGUUCGGUUUGGUGCUAGCCACGCGAACAUUGCCGAACAGCUCAUUGCAAAGGGACUCGCCACGGUGGUUCGUCACAAGCGCGAUGAUGAGGACAGGUCGCCAGAUUACGACAAGUUGAUGGCAGCUGAGCAAACCGCGAUCAAUGAAAAACUCGGACUACACUCUGGCAAGGAGGCCACGGUGCCAAAGCUAGUCAAUGCAUCCGAGAACGUAGGGCGCGCAACCCAGUUCCUCUCCGGAUUCAAACGCCAAAAACGAGUACCUGCCGUGGUAGAUUACGUCGCGGCUGGCUCUCGAUUCAAAUUACUCAUCCCACGCGACAACGUGACGCUAACGUUUGUACUCUCCGGUAUCCGUGCACCGAAGACGGCUCGCAACGAAAGCGAGCGGAGCGACCCAUAUGGGCCUGAAGCAGCCGAGUUUGCCACACGGCGCUACAUGCAACGCGAUGUCGAGGUUGAAUUUGAAGCGGUGGACAAAUCUGGCGGGUUUAUCGGUGCCAUGUAUCUCAACAAGACGGAAAAUGCAGCCAUCACGCUCGUCAAAGAGGGACUGGCAACGGUCCACGCUCACUCGGCAGAGGGUCUGUCAUGGAGCAAGCAAUUGAUGGAUGCAGAGGAAGAAGCAAAAAAAGCACGCAAGAAUAUAUGGAAGGACCAUGCCGAGGAGGAAGCGCCCGCACCAGAAGCGGAAUCGAGCGUGCCGACAAAGGUGGAAUUCAUUGACGUAAUUCUGAGCGAUAUCCGAACGGACGAGUUUGGCUUUUCGGUCCAGAUCUUGAAUACCGAAGGAAUUGCCUCACUCGAAAAGCUCAUGGUCGAUUUUGCAAAGCAUUACCAGACAGCACCGCCUGCGCCCGGGUUUGUGCCCAAGGCGCAAGAGCUCAUUUCGGCAAAGUUUUCCGAUGGUCAAUGGUACCGAGCCAAAGUCAAGCGGGCAUCACCAGCGAAAAAGGAGGCCGAGGUUGUGUUUAUUGAUUAUGGCAACAGGGCGACGUUGCCGUUUACUCAUACGCGACCUUUGGAGCGAAGAUUUGCGUCCCUGCCACCGCAGGCACAUGAUGCACGAUUGAGCUUUGUCAAGCUGGUGGCGCCGGGGAGCGAGUACUACGACGAGGCGACGGAGAGGUUCCGUGCACUGUGCGAAGGUCGCAAGCUGAUCGGGAAUAUCGACUAUCGAGAAGGGAGCAUCCUCCACCUGCGGCUGAUUGAUCCCUCGGACCCGGCGUCUGGAAGCGGCGAGGCAUCUAUCAAUGCGGACAUGGUGCGCGAGGGAUAUGCGAGCAUUGAGCGCAAGGGCGUGGUUGCAAAGUACAAUGGCAACUAUCCCAACGUGAUGAAGACGCUCGAGGAGGCGCUGAGGACGGCCAAACGGGAGCGGGCGGGCAUGUUUGAGUAUGGGAAUGUGGACGACGAAGAGGAUUAG